UCUGAUACACAGAAUUCUAGGAAGGAGGCUGUUCUGUUAGCCAAAAUGAAACACCCCAAUAUUGUUGCCUUUAAAGAAUCAUUUGAAGCUGAAGGACAUCUGUAUAUUGUGAUGGAAUAUUGUGAUGGAGGGGAUCUGAUGCAAAAGAUUAAACAGCAGAAAGGAAAGUUAUUUCCUGAAGAUAUGAAUAUCUUCCUCACCCAAAAUGGAAAAGUAAAAUUGGGAGACUUUGGAUCUGCCCAUCUUCUCUCCAAUCCGAUGGCAUUUGCUUGUACCUAUGUGGGAACACCGUAUUAUGUGCCUCCAGAAAUUUGGGAAAACCUGCCUUAUAACAAUAAAAGUGACAUCUGGUCCUUGGGAUGCAUUCUGUAUGAACUCUGCACCCUUAGGCAUCCGUUUCAGGCAAAUAGUUGGAAAAAUCUUAUCCUGAAAAUAUGUCAAGGGUCCAUCAGUCCACUGCCGUCGCAUUACUCCUACGAGCUUCAAUGUCUAGUCCAGCAGAUGUUUAAACGGAACCCUUCACAUCGCCCCUCAGCUACGACGCUCCUCUCUGGACGCAGCGUGGCUCAGCGUGUCCAGAAGUGCUUACCCCCUGAGUGCUGUGAGAUAUCUGGAAGACUAUGGCCUGGUUGCUCCAGUGUUACCAUGAGAAAUAAUCUGGAGCUGUUGUCUUGCACUGCAGGUUCAGAAGACUUCUUGAAAGGCCCCCUGUCUGAAGAAACAGAAGCAUCAGACAGUGUUGAUGGAGGCCAGGAUUCUGUCAUUUUGGAUCCAGAGCGACUCAAGCCUGGGCUGGAGGAGGAGGACACUGACUUUGAGGAAGACGACAGCCCCGACUGGGUGUCAGAACUGAAGAAGCAAGCUGGACUGCAAGGUGUAUCUGAUGGAUAAUGCCCAAGGGGGUGUUCCUGAGUCCCACUAGGAGAUGCUGCAAAUGAGGAAUUCAUGUUGGAAUAAUAAUUAGUGUGCACGAUGUAUAUUUUCCUUUGGAAACAGAAUGAAGAGGGGG